UUUCUCUUCCCCGUCACUCGCAUCUCGCGGGAUCAGACCCCAGCGCCGCCGUCCUCAUUCUUCGCCCCGCACGCCGCCACACGAACCACCUCAGCUUCCCGCGCCACUACCCUCGCUCCUCGGCCUGCCGCCGCACGCCUCCCGCACUGUCGCCCUAAGCCCUCGGCCCCGCGCACCGCCGUCCUCGGCUCUCCGCUCCCCGCGACGCCGCCCUUGGCUCUCUGCCCCCCCGCGACGCCGCAGGGACCUGCGAUCCAUCCCCGCACGAAGCAGCGCUCGUCCAAGGUGGGACGAGCUAGUCCGUGAAAAUUUUGGGGGCAGGGUGAACCCGGACCUGAGGUAUAUUCGCUGGUUUCGGCGUUUCGGCAGCGCCGCCUGCGCCCACUCUUCCGUUCGAUUUGGUGGGCCGACGUCUAGUACAGCGCUUCCCGCACGGCGAUGUCGGCGACGCCGCUGCCCCCGCCGGGCCCCGACGGCGCGGGGGCGCUCCCGCCCCCGCCGGGCACGGACAUGACGGGGAUUUGCUUCCGCGACCAGCUGUGGCUGGACACCUACCCGCUCGAUCGCAACCUCGUCUUCGACUACUUCGCGCUCUCCCCCUUCUACGACAUCACCUGCAACAACGAGUCCCUCCGUUCGCGCCAAAUCCACCCCCUCGACAUGUCUCACCUGACGAAGAUGACCGGGAUGGAGUACCUUCUGAGCGAAGUGAUGGAGCCGCACCUGUUUGUGAUCCGGAAGCAGAAGCGGGAGAGCCCCGAGAAAUCAAACCCUAUGCUCGCCUACUACAUCCUUGACGGCUCCAUCUACCAGGCGCCACAGCUCUGCAAUGUCUUUGCCUCACGCAUAAGUAGGACUAUGCAUCAUAUAUCAAAAGCCUUUACCAUAGCAUGCUCAAAGUUGGAGAAGAUUGGAAACGUGGAAACUGAGUCUGAUGCAGUAGCCUCUGAAUCAAAGACCCAAAAGGAAGCAAUCGACCUGAAGGAACUCAAACGAAUUGAUCAUAUCCUGUCAUCCUUGAAACGGAAGAUAGGGGCUGCUCCUCCACCUCCACCUUAUCCCGAGGGCUAUGUCCCACCAUCAGCAGAACAAGAGAAAGCACCGGAUGAUGUGGCAGCAUCAGAGGCACCGCCUCAACUUGACCCUAUCAUUGAUCAAGGUCCUUCUAAAAGACCAAGAUUCCAAUGAAAGAUUUGUAGCUUAAAUCUGCUGACUCACAAUUGCCUGUAUGUUUUAAAGUUGCAGACGUGGACUUUAUAAGCUCAUUCUUGCUGGUUAUUUACGGGCCAAAGAUAGAACUAACCUUGUGGCAUGAUGUUUCUGUCUCUGAGUUUCUAGCUUGAAUCUUGUAGAUUGACCAGUGUCAUUUGCUCUGGGCUUGCAAUCUUGUAGAUUGGCCAAUGUCAUUUGAUCCGGUGUUAUCCACUGUUGCUGUUGACCUGUUUCCACUGAGCUUGUAUGACUUAUGAGGUGGCUAUAGUUUUACCUUUGUGCAAAUCUGCAAGGCUGGACAACAGAUUCAUUAGUGAUUAUAUAUAUUUGUGUAGAUUUAUCAA